AUGCGUGAUCAAGUCAAUGCUUGCUUGACAGAGUAUGCAGAUUUGAUAAAGAAAUACUUUGCAUCCCUAUCAACAGCUGCUGAUCAUGUUACAUUGGACGAAGCAAAUAAUCCUGAACAUAUCAUCAAGGAAAUAGUCGCGCUUGAAGACAAGUUACAAAAGUCAGUUGAGCAAAUUGAAGAACAUCAAAAGAGACAACAAAGGAUCAUUCAAGUUCAGGAUGAGAUUCAUCAAUACAACAAAACACUAUUAAAUCUUGUACACAAAUUAAAUACGAGUCGAAAUGAACUCGAUCAGCAUUUGUCAAGUGCAAAGAUAGAAUUAAAAGCUACAGAAUAUGCUAGAAAAUCCAACAUACAAUUUACUGAUAUACUGUCUUAUGCCUCAAAACUAUCAAAAUAUACCUCAGCACCACCCAACUUUGAUGUCUUGAACAGAGAGAUGAAAAUGGACUUUGAAAAGCCCUAUCCUGAUGAAGAGCGUAUGCGUAGAGGAUUACUCUACUGGCAAAACUCCUCACAGCCACAUACAGAAGAACGAUUUGAAAGUUCGGAUAGUGAGAUAUCAGCCACUGAAGAUACAACAGAGCAAAAUGUAAAUAGACAGAAUGAAGACGCGGGUGGUGACCCGUUCUGGAUAUUGGAUCUCAACCCUGAUAUGCAAUCAUAA